AAGCUCUGGCUUGAAACUAAUCAAAUGAUAGUACAGUUAGGGUUGACCCCACUCUUGAACUGAUAACUGUAUGCUACAAAAUGGAAUACCUGCUUCAGGUGAAAAUAGGAGCCCUGAUCGGUUUAUUGCUCUUAACUCUGCUUUUUGGAUUUAUCCCUGCUCGAGUCAAAUGGUUCAGAGACACAAACGGGACAGAAAUCCACCGCACAGUUCUGAGUCUGAUCAGCUGUUUUGCCGGAGGGGUUUUCCUGGCAGCAUGUCUGCUCGACAUUAUUCCCGAUUAUCUGUCAGACAUCAGCGCUGAGCUUGAAGCACGGAAGGUGGAGAUCAGUUUCCCCGUUCCAGAGUUCAUCAUGGCUGCCGGCUUCUUCACGGUCCUCAUACUGGAGAGGAUUGUCCUGAACUGUCGGGAGAUGAGAGGGUCUCAGGAGGAGAGGGCACCCCUCAUACCGAACACCAACAGAAAUGGACACAGCCAUGGAACAGGUCCAGAUCUGGAGAGCAGCGGCCACCACGUCCAUGUUGACUUUCAGGCUCACUCCCCCUUUCGCUCCUUCAUGCUCUUCCUCUCUCUCUCGCUCCACUCGGUUUUUGAGGGUCUUGCUAUCGGACUACAGAACACAAACUCAAAGGUAUUAGAGAUCUGUAUUGCUAUACUGGUCCACAAGAGCAUCAUAGUGUUCAGCCUGUCUGUGAAGCUGGUCCAGAGCGCAGUUCGCCCGUUAUGGGUGGCUACUUACAUCGGAGUGUUUGCCAUGAUGUCGCCUAUAGGUAUCGGGAUUGGCAUCAGUGUGACGGAGGCUCAUCUAGCGGCUGGAGCGCUCAUCCAGGCCAUCCUGGAGGGGCUUGCCGCGGGGACGUUUAUUUACAUCACCUUUCUAGAGAUCCUCCCACACGAGCUCAACUCCCCUGGGAAGCAGCUUCUCAAAGUGCUCUUCAUCCUGCUGGGCUUCAGCGUCAUGGCAUCUCUGACGUUUCUGGGCUGAGACUGAGAACAGACUGUACAUCAGCCGUCAGUACGGGACCUGGACACUUUGUGGCAACUUCUGUGCCUCACACAAACGUGUGUACAGAAAGACAAACUGCCUUUAUCAGAAAAAAAAGACGAAGGUUUCCAACCACCCACCUCUGGAGUUUUAAAUGUCAAAGGGAACGGAACAGAUGUCACUGUUUUAUUGCUUUCAUUAUACUUUUAAAACCAUUUUUGUAUAUAGAAUUUCUUUUUAAGAGGAUUUUAUGUAAAGAGAAACCACUUACUGCAAUGCUAAGUUUAUGAAAGACUAAGAGAAGCACAGUGGAAGUAAGUGUCAUAUCACUGAGUCCCCUCAUUUGUCACUGGCCUUGCUUUGGACCUGCAAACAAAACAGAGCAUCUGACCUUUGACACUGUCAAGGAAAUCAUUGAAAACAAAGUGCCAUGUUGUAUGUAAAUGAUACCUUGUAAUUAAUCAAUUCACAGUAUAUGACGUUUUAGAUUUAGUUUGCAGCAUCAGGCUGCUUUCACUUGUCAUUGCAAACUACCUGGAAUAGCAACAUUUCAAACGUGUUUUUUUCCAGUAAACUAGUGUAUAUGUACUGUAUAUGUAAACUGUGCUGUAUGCCAAAAUACUGUUUGCACUUUUCCAAUAAAGAAGCAUGGAUAACCUCCACAAACAAAUAAGGCUAAAAUGUACAGCACACUAUUUGAAAAAGCGGAUCCCUAUUAUUUACAUUAUGUUGGCUCACUUAAGUCCAUUCAGUUUUGCCACUCUGCCAUUUUAACUUUCACAAUGUACAGGUCUUUUAGUGCUCUAUUUUGAUUGGACAACAUGAAGCGUUUAAUAUCAGCACAAAAAGAAGUGCAAGAUAAAGAAUUAACUCUGCAAACGGAUACCUAUGGUAUUUCACAAGCGCACAUGCUUGUAUGUGUCGAGAAAUCAAACCUAGCAGGACACCACACUACACCACAUUGGGUACAUUAUUUCCCUGUUAGUAGAGUAAGUGAAAAACAAGAUAUUUU